UGAGUGUCUCCCCUCUAAAAUAAAAGAGGGUGCUUGUAUGGGAGGAGUCUGAAAGGACAGAGCGACAGCGCUGGGUGCUAUUGUGGGCUCUGUCAUUGACUUGCAGCUCAUUGCGUUCUGUCCUGCAGUCCAGUAGAGAGAGGCUGACAGCUCUUUCCAACGAUAAAUCUUAAGGAGCACCAAGAGCCUCCUCUGGGAGACCUGCGCUAUCAUAUGUCAUCGAUUCAACUUGAAUAAUCUCAACAGUUAUCAACACAGUUAUCGACUGACAAACUGAGAAUGAGACUUUGGGUCUUGGCAAUUUUAACACUUCUCAAACUUUCCACAGUAGCUACGCUUAGCAAAUCAUCCUGGGGCCUGGAAAAUGAGGCUUUAAUUGUGACAUGUCCCCGACAAGCACAAUCUAGAAACCACGUGGACUGGUAUUACUCAAAAACCAACAAAAGUAUUACCACCCAGAAAGAAAAUCGCAUAUUUGCCUCUGGGAAACAUCUUAAGCUUCUCCCAGCCAACGUUGGAGAUUCUGGAAUGUAUACUUGCAUUGUCAGAAGUUCUAACUUCAAUAAGACUGGAUACGUGAAUAUCACCAUAUAUAAGAAACAACCGGGUUGCAAAAUUCCAGAUGACCUGAUAUAUUCAACAACAUCUACAUCACCAAAAAAAUCUAGAAUAUAUUGUCCUACCAUCAACCUCUACAAUUGGACAGCACCAGUCGAGUGGUUUAAGGGUUGUACAGCUCUUCAAGGAUCAAGGUACUAUACACAAGGGACAUAUUUGCUGAUUGACAAUGCAACUAGCAAGGACGCGGGUGAUUAUACAUGCAAAUUUAUGCACAAUGAAAAUGGAGUCAGUUACAUUGUGACGGCAACCAGAUCAUUAGAAAUUCAAGAUCAGGAAGGCUUUUCUAUAUUUCCAGUAAUUAUAGCCCCUGCACAAAAUGAAACAAACGACGUGGAAAUCGGAAAACCGGCAAACUUUACUUGCUCUGCUUGCUUUGGGAAAGGCUUUCAGUUUUCAGCCGCUGUCCUGUGGGAGGUUAACAGAAUCAAAGUUAGGAGCUUUGGUGAAGCAAGAAUUCAAGAGGGGCAAGAACAAAAUCAAAGUUCUAGCAAUGACCUGACUUGUCUAAGCAUCGUCUUAAGAAUAGCUGAUGUAAGAGAAGAAGAUUUUUCACUGAGGUACGACUGUCUGGCCCUGAAUUUGCAUGGCUUGAGAAGACACACCAUAAGACUAAGGAAAAAGCCAAUUGAUCAUCAAAGCACCUACUACAUACUUGCAGGAUUUGGCUUACUGUUAUUGCUAAUCAAUGUCAUGAUGAUAAUGCUGAAAGUGUUCUGGAUUGAGGUUAUUCUGCUCUGGAGAGACAUAGCUAGACCUUACAAAACUAGGAACGAUGGGAAGGUCUAUGAUGCUUAUGUUAUCUAUCCACGGAACCAGAAAGAUAGUCCGGAGGCGAUCAGUCCUGUAGAGUAUUUUGUUCACCAGAUUCUGCCUGAUGUUCUUGAAAAUAAAUGUGGCUAUAACCUGUUCAUUUAUGGGCGAGAUCUGCUACCUGGAGAAGAUGCGGCCACGGCGGUGGAAACCAACAUCCGCAAGAGUCGGCGGCACAUUUUUAUCCUCACGCCUCAGAUUUUACACAGCAAGGAGUUUGCCUACGAGCAGGAGAUCGCCUUGCACAGCGCCCUCAUCCAGAACGAGUCCAAAGUGAUUCUGAUUGAAAUGGAGGCUCUGUGCAAGCCAGGCGGGCUGCAGUUUGGGGAGUUUCAAGAUUCCCUCAGGCACCUCGUGGACAUGCAGGGCACCAUCAAGUGGAGGGAAGACCACGUGGCCAACAAGCGGUCUCUGAAUUCCAGAUUCUGGAAGCGCGUGAGGUACCACAUGCCUGUGCCAAACGCACUUCCAAAAACACCUUCUAAUUUGGCUUCCUUGAGUGCGCAGGGGCAGUCGUGCUAGCACGGAUGUGCUAAUGUGUGAUCUCUUCUUGGCUGGACUAGAGACUGGAUGCCAAGGUGAAAGAAGUGGGAGGGACAAGAGUACUCAGGUGUCAGGUUUCAUUUAGAAACUUUACUCCCGUUUUCCUGAUUCUGGGGGGACAAAAAAUGCCCCCCCCCAAUUUUGAUCCUCAGUCCCGCUCUCUCCACCCCACAUUUCCUUCCCUUCUCUUUUUCUGGUCUUUCUCCACUGUGGCCUGUGAUCUUUUCCCUGUGACCCUUUCCUCUUUUCUCUUCCUGUACUCCCCCUCCUUAUUCCUCAUCAAUAUUCUACAUUUUGAACAUCCAACUCAGAGUUUUAGAGUUAAAUUUUCAUGGAAGCUGGAGGAACACUCAGAUUUCCUUCAAGCAGAGAGUCGGUAGUAACUCUUGUUCCCACGUGCCCAAAUUUAUUACAUUUUAUUUGAUCAGAUGCUUCGCUUUAUUGUCUAAACAGUGCCUGUUUUGUGGGAGCACUUUACCCAAUUGUCCUUAUAAUCAAGUUUAUUUUCAGUCCUACAGUUUCUUUCAUAGAUUUCUAUUGUCUUUAGAAAUAUUUUUUCUCACUAUAAAAAUAAUAAAACAGUAAGUAUAAAAGAAGGAAAUAAUAAAAAUUAUUCACAGAUCCAUCAUCCUAAGAUUAUGACUUUUAAACAUUUUGGUAAAUUUGUAAUUUUAAGAAAACUUAAUUUGUACUUAAACAUACCAUCUGUACAGCUGAGAUCACACAAUGUGUAGUUUUUAUAUUUUUUCUACUUAACAUCAUGAUCAAAACAUUUGACAUUUAAAUUUUAACAUUUCAAAAUAUUCGGUCUCCUAUCUCAUGGUUGUGCUGCAGUCGUCCUGCCUGAUUACUUGUUAAAUACUUAAGUUGUAUCCAAUUCAAAUAGCCAUCAUUAUAAAUAAUUCUGCAAUGACCAUAUCAGUAUAUCUUAUAUCUCCCAAGUACAUUUUUUUUUUAAUUUAAGAAAUUUUGUUUGUUGUAACAUUUUUAUGAAACUAGUUGGGCAUUUUGACAGAACUGUUUUGGCAAAACUGAAGUGAAUUUGCACAGUCAAAGCCACUCCCAUCAGAACAACCCUGGAGUUCACAUGACCUCAGGGACCACAGAGCCCAUCCGUGGAUCCAGAGCUAAGGCUGAGUGUGCCCUCAGGCUGGGAGUCCUGUUCCUGUUAGAGCUCAGAUUUUCCAAGUGGCUGGACAUUCUACCCUCAGCUGAAGUGUUUAAUAAAGUGUAUUUAACUUCUGUAUUUACCUGAAAACAAAACAAAACAAAACAACUGCACUCUAGACCCUUCACAGGGACUAUAAUCUUGAACAGUGAUGUCAUUCAAUACCUUGCAGAAUCUUGCAUGAAAAGAAAUACUAUUUCUGGAAGGUUGCCUAAUAGAUCUAUAACUACUCAUCCCUCUAGAUACCCUGUCGUCUAAAUCUCUACUCCCUGGCAACACUUUGCCAGAUAAAGAGUAAGACAUCAAGGACAGCUGAACUCAGAGGAUGAAAUUUCAUCUGAAAUUCACAUUUACUUGGGCAUCUUGUAUCUUUAUCUGCUACACCUGCUUACCUUACUCUGGUACAUUAUUGUACUCUUGUGUGAUGACAUCUGAUCUUUUUUGAAUUACUGAAAAAUUAGCCAAUGAAAAGGAUCAGUAUAAUCGAUUGGUUAGCAUCAUAGAAUUUGGGAUCAACAAGUCGUUUUCUGUGCGACCAUGAGCAAGUUACUUUACUUCUCUAAAACCUACUUACCUUAAGUGAAAUGAAAAUAAUCAUACCAAAAAACCCUUUGCAUUCUGUGCUAAUCAAAUGAAAAAAGAAAUUAGUAGUAUUUGGACCAGAGUACGAAUUCAAUAAAUGGCAAUUGUUGUUAUGGCACUUGGCUGUGUUUCCUGUAAUGUGGAUUAUACUCCAUCCCUCUCAACGAGAACCUCUAAAGAAUAAAUUCUC